AUGUUGAGAUUCUUUGUAUUUUUUGUGAUUUUUGGUUUUUCCGAGUCUAGAAUUCUACACAGAGUAAGAUUUUCAAUUUUUUAAUUAUAAACAAAUCCAAUUUUUUCCCAAUUUCUCUAGCCUCGAGAUUUCCGAUGUGGUCGAAUGAUUGUUUUUGGUGACAGCCUUUCAGACGAUGGAGUUGAAGCCGAAGGCGAAAGCCACGGUUUUCUUCGAAACUCAAAUGGCAAAGUUUGGUCGGAAUAUGUGACGAAUAUGCUUGAAUGCGAGAGAUAUACAAAUUACGCAUAUAGUGGCGCAAAAUCCGGAGUCGGCAAUUUUUAUUUCGACACAUUUUCAGGUACUAAAUGACAUUUUCAAGUAUUUUAAGCAAGUGAUUUGAAAUAUUGGGUUUUAAUUUUAUUCAUAGGGUAGAAUCGUCUAAGACGGACAGAAUGAUAUCAAUUUUGAUGAGCUUACGUUAUCCAUAAGUGAUUUAGCGAUGUUUAGCCGAUAUUUAGUCUAAAUCACUUAUGGAUAACGUAAAGUCAUCAAAAUUUAUAUCAUUCUGUUCGUCUUAGACCAUUCUACCCUAUGAAUACGUUUAAAACCCAAUAUUUCAACUCACUCGUUGAAAAAAACCUGAAAAUAUAGUUUAUUCCAUGUCCAACUAUAUUUUUUAAGGAAUUCAAUGGCAAGUCAAUCAAUUUCUGACGAAUAACAAAUUCCUAGCUGAUGGUGAGUUAACUCUGCUGGGUUCUUCAUAAUUUAAAAAAAAAACCAUUUUAGAACCCCUUGUUAUUCUUCAAACCGGUGGUACGAUCGAUUUCUUCUCUGGCGAUACAAAUUCUUCCGAAGUUGUUGAGAACAUCCAGCUAACUAUUCAGAAUAUAACACAAACAAUGACUUCGGGAACUUUUGUGAUUCUUUCGCUUUUGGAUGUUUCGAAUAGUCCAGGAGUUCAAGCGGCUGAAGAUUCGGAAGCACUUCAAGAACGUCUUGGAUCAUUAAUCGCGGAAACUAAUAGAGUGAGCAAUAAUUAAUUUAAAAAUUAGAAAAAAAAUUCUAGCAACUUCACCACAUUGUUCUUGAUAAUGAUCUUGGAACUCGUCGCCUUAAUCCAUUUUUACGUGUCAAAUUAAUUGAUAUAAAUACAAUUGCUCUGGCAGCAAUGCAAUCACUGAAUGUUUCUGAACCUUUCACACAUCACAAUCCCGAUUUAGUGUAAGUCAAAAGAGACUUUUUUUUGAAAAUUGUAGAUUUUCAGUCCACAGCAAAUCUACCGAUAUGCUUUUCAUGAUUUAUGGAAUCCUUCAACAAUUAUUCAUUAUCAAAUUGCCAAGGAAAUUGUUCGAAAUCUUCAACAAUUUUAA